AUGUCGAUGACGUUUGAUGAGUGUCUCGCCCCGCGGGACUUGCGAAUGAUGCCCAAGCUAGCAGACCACGUUAUGGACCAGCUCCAACUCUCGGGGAGGCUAUACGUGAUCACUGGAGCCAGCGGGGGGAUCGGACGCGCUGUUGCGGAGGGGUUAGCCGAAGGAGGGGCCAACGUGGUGAACGCGUCUCGUUCGGUGGGCCCGCAGUGGAACGAAUGGGCCGCGAAACUGGCCGAGCGAUGUCAAGUCACGGUGGUCAACUCCCAGUGCGAUGUGACUGAUAUGACUCAGAUACAGGUCUUAUUGACUGGAAUACGCCAACGGUUUGGCCGGAUCGAUGGGUUUGUGGCAAAUGCCGGAGUUGCCAUCCCAAAACCCAUCAUGGAACAAACGCUUGACGAGUACCACACACAGAUGAAUGUGAAUGUUCACGGAGUUUUCUAUUGCGCCAAAUCAAUUGGGCCUAUUUUCAAAGAACAGGGAUUUGGCAAUUUUAUCAUCACCGGGAGUAUCAGCGGGCGCGUAGUGACCGUGCCAGUGGACCAUACUACAUACAACACGACGAAGGCUGCUGUCAUACACCUUGGACGGAGCCUCGCUCGCGAGUGGCGAGGUUUUGCCCGAGUCAAUAUUGUGUCCCCCGGUUACAUAAAUACGGCGAUGAGCAGCUGCCCGGCAUCCAUUCAUGAAGCGUGUCGAAUGGCGGCCAUGGGACGACAAGGGGAUGUGAAGGAACUCAAAGGGGUCUUCACAUUUUUGGCUAGUGACGCGAGUUCUUUCGUUACAGGUGCUGAAUUCACCGUUGACGGUGGCUAUACUUUAACUUGA